AUGGGUAUUCUCGCCCUGGUAGAAGACAGACCGACUCCCAGAGCAGUUUACAACUGGCGAGUAUAUCUGCUGGCGGCGGUGGCGUCUUGCACGUCAUGCAUGAUCGGGUACGACAGUGCCUUUAUCGGCACGACGAUCACAUUGAGUUCUUUUGAAGAUGAAUUCGGGCUCAACACCAUGAGCACCUCGCGGCUGGACCGAGUCAGCGCCAAUAUCGUCUCUGUCUUCCAGGCUGGCGCCUUUUUCGGAUCCUUCUUCGCUUAUCCCGUCGGUUACAUCUGGGGGCGACGGGUCGGACUGCUCUGUGCCGGCCUGAUUUUCAUGCUCGGCGCGGGUCUGAUGCUGGGUGCCAACGGCCAGCGCGGCCUGGGGCUGAUCUACGGCGGGAGAGUGCUGGCGGGGUUUGGCGUCGGCGCUGGGUCGAAUAUGGCUCCGAUUUAUAUCUCAGAGCUGUCACCUCCUGCCAUCCGUGGUCGAUUGGUAGGGACGUAUGAAUUGGGCUGGCAGAUUGGAGGGUUGGUGGGGUUCUGGAUCAAUUACGGCAUCUCCUUGCACAUCGCGCCAGGCCCGAUGCAGUGGAUGAUCCCCUUUGGCGUGCAACUCAUCCCUGCUGGGCUCUUUCUAAUCGGGCUCCUGUUCAUCCGGGAAUCGCCUCGCUGGCUGUUCUCCCGCGGCCGUCGCGAGCAAGCCAUCAAGAAUCUCUGCUGGAUGCGCCAACUCCCAGCAGAUGAUAUCUACCUGAUUGAAGAAAUCGGAGCAAUCGAUCAGGCGCUCGAGGAACAACGGGCCAGUAUUGGUCUCGGCUUCUGGAAGCCGUUCCGUGCCGCUGCAACGAAUAAGAAGGUCAUGUAUCGUCUCUUCCUCGGGAGCGUGUUGUUCCUGUGGCAGAAUGGUUCUGGCAUCAAUGCGAUCAACUACUACAGUCCGACAGUGUUCAAGAACCUGGGAGUCACGGGUGAGAACACCGACCUCUUCAGUACCGGACUGUUUGGGGUCGUGAAAACCAUCGGCACCACCCUCUGGCUGUUGUACAUGAUCGACCGGGUUGGCCGGCGCAUGCUUCUUAUGGUGGGAGCGGCGGGCAGCUCGGUCUGCUUAUGGAUCGUGGGGGGCUAUAUCAAGAUCGCUGAUCCGUCCAAGAACCCUACCGGCAAGAUUACCAGUGGCGGGGUGGCUGCCAUGUUCUUCUUCUACCUGUCGACUGCAUUCUAUACCCCGACGUGGAACGGUACUCCGUGGGUCAUCAAUGCGGAAAUCUUCGAACCAAACAUGCGAUCGCUAGCUCAAGCUUGUGCCGCUGGCUCGAAUUGGUUCUGGACCUUCUUUAUCUCCCGUUUCACGCCCCAGAUGUUCACCACGAUGAGCUACGGGAUCUGGUUCUUCUUUGCAAGCCUGAUGGCCCUCUCUGUCGUGUUCGUCUUCUUCCUCAUUCCCGAAACCAAAGGGAUUCCCCUGGAAAGCAUGGAUCAGCUGUUUGCGCACCAGCCAAUCCGGCAGGCCCAUGGGGUGCUGCUUCAACAGCUGCGUGAGGACGAGGAGCGGUUCCGCCAUGAUAUUGUCGAGUCGGGGGUGAUGGAUGAGAAGCGCCAUGUGGAGCAGGUUGAAGUUGUUGUUUGA